AGGGGCAGGCCCUGUUCCGCCCUAUCUCGAGACCAACAAGCGAUCCUCCACAACCUCCCCCCCUCCCCGCCUGUUUCCCGGCCUGUGUGACUAUUCACGUAGUUGCAGGGCCUCCACAGGUCCAUGCAUUCACCGGGAAGCCCAUCACUAGACGGACCGUCCACCUCUCUAGCGGCCCCGUCGAAGCGCAAGCCUACCGGUGCUACGGCCAAUCAUCCGCGAUCACAGUCUGACGAUCGGUUGUCAGGUCCCGACUUCAAACGUCCCAAGUUCAACAACCGUUCCGAUUCCUAUUCCACCACCACCGCCGCCACCAUGAGCAAGGCGUUGGGCAAGCGGCCGGAGGUCGUCGAUCUGACCAAACCUCCUGCCACAUUCCAGCUGCACAGGGGCGCGAAGACGCUCGUGAUCAAAAACCUACGCACGACUUCGCGGGCCAGCGACCUCGCCAGAUACUAUGAAGCUACGAAACAGGAACUAGCCGAGGCUCUGCAAGCCAUAUUCGACCGGAAGCAACCACGCCAACCGCUCGAGAGGCUGUAUAGGGGGGUUGAAGAUCUGUGCCGACAUGGGGUGUCCAAGGAGCUUUACGAAACGCUGCGAGAGAAAUGCGACACAUACCUGAAGAACAACCUCCUUAUAUCUAUAAAGAACGAGUCCGGCCCCUCCAACAUCGAGACUUUGGCGAGCACCCAUAAGUACUGGGUCAUUUGGAACGCACAAUCGACGACAAUCCGCUCCGUGUUCAGCUACCUCGACCGGUCGUUUCUGCUGAACAACAAGGAAUUCCCACGAAUCAAUGACAUGGCUAUAACGCUGUUCAGAAGGACGAUAUUUGUCCAUUCCCAAUCGUCAGACUUCAACCCUGGCGCAAACGCGCUUGCUGGCCUAUGCGAACUCGUCGAAUACGACCGUCGGGGGGAUGUCCGAUUUGACGCCGCCCUAUUGCGUGAUUCUAUCACGAUGCUACAUGUUCUCAACAUCUACGGGAAAUCAUUCGAGCCACGCAUCUUGAAGGUCUCCAAGGUCUUCUAUAGGGAAUUUGCCGAAGUUCAGAGCACCGCACCGCUGAAGAGCUACAUCUCUAGCUGUGAGACCUUGCUCCAGCGCGAGGGCUACCGAUGCAACGCGUUCAAUUUCGACAGCACCACCAAGAAACACCUCAUGGAAGACGCGCAUCAGAUCCUGAUUGACAACUACUCCGAGAAGCUUCUCGACGGCGGCAGCAUUGGCAAGCUCCUCGACGAGAAUGCGGUUGAGUCUAUGAAGGCGUUGUACGACCUCCUACAGUUGUCGGGCAUACAGAAGAGGCUAAAAAAACCGUGGGAGAGGUAUAUCCGGGAGGCAGGCUCUGCAAUUGUCAACGAUACCUCCAGGGGCGAUGAGAUGGUCAUCCGAUUGCUCGAGUUUAGGAGGUCCUUGGAUCUCAUGAUUCGGGACGCGUUCAAUAAAGACGACGAGUUUACUUAUAGUAUGCGGCAAGCAUUUGGUAGCUUCAUCAACGACAGGAAGGUCCUGACCUCUUGGAAGACCGGAACAUCCAAGGUCGGCGAAAUGAUUGCCAAAUAUAUCGACAUGCUGCUCCGGGGUGGCCUCAAGACGUUGCCAAAGUCUCUGCUCUCCGAUGUUCAGGACCGAAUCGACGCAGAGAGAAGCGGGCAUGCAAGUACGGGCGAUGAGGAUGCUGAGCUGGACCGACAGCUAGACCGGGCACUGGAGCUAUUCCGUUUCAUCGAAGGCAAAGAUGUCUUUGAGGCCUUCUACAAACAAGAUUUGGCACGACGUCUCCUCAUGGGCCGUAGUGCCAGUGCCGACGCGGAGAGGAGCAUGUUGGCAAAACUCAAGAACGAGUGCGGAUCGAACUUCACUCACAACCUAGAACAGAUGUUCAAGGACCAGCAGAUUGCCCGUGACGAGAUGGCUUCGUACAAAGCUUGGUGCGAAGGUAACGGAUAUGCGAAGAGCACCCUCGACUUGACAGUCAAUAUCCUCUCCGCGGCGGCUUGGCCAACCUACCAAGAUACCCAGCUUCUGCUGCCCAACGUUGUCGCGGCGCAGAUUGAGCACUUUGAGUCGUACUACGUCAACAAGCACACGGGACGGCGCCUCACCUGGAAACACUCACUUGCUCAUUGCGUCAUAAAAGCGCGUUUCAACAAGGGGCCGAAGGAGCUACUAGUCAGCGCGUACCAGGCCGUUGUGCUGACUCUAUUCAACCAGAUUGAGGAUCAGCCGGAUGAGUUCCUUGCCUACCAGCAAAUCGUGGAACGUUCUGGCCUAAGCGGACCAGACCUUACCCGAACGCUGCAGUCCCUAGCUUGUGGGAAGGUCCGAGUUCUCACGAAACAUCCGAAGGGGAGGGAUGUCAACCCGACAGACACGUUCACCGUUAACAAGGCCUUUACGGACCCGAAGUACCGCGUCAAGAUCAACCAGAUCCAGCUGAAGGAAACCAAGGAGGAGAACCAAGAAACACACGAAAGGGUCGCCCAGGAUAGGCAGUUCGAGACGCAGGCGGCGAUAGUCAGGAUCAUGAAGAGCCGAAAGACCAUGGCCCAUUCCAACCUCGUCGCGGAGGUCAUCAAUCAGACCAAGAGCCGAGGCGCCAUCGAGCCGUCGGAAAUCAAGAAGAAUAUUGAGAAGCUGAUCGAGAAAGACUAUCUCGAGCGAGAAGGCAGUUCGUACACCUACCUAGCCUAGUCUCCGGCCGGCGGGCAGUGUGCACGUUUAUAGCUAUGCGUCCGUCGGCGGGCAGCGGCGAGCGAGCCCGCCCGCGGUAGCCUUGGCCUUGGGGGAAUGGCCAGCCAGCCGACGGGCGCGCGGGAGAAGGACCUAUGUAUCGCGGAGGACGGGAGCCGAAUACACUCGGCGGAUGCGCGCUUGCUCGAUGUAGUUAGUGAGAGGGCGGCUGCGUUCGGGCCGUUGGGUCUACUAGACGUCUCCGAUGUUGGAAUAGGUAGAAAGCCCCGAUGUUAGAAG